AUGCAGAUUCGGUCCAACAAUGUUCAAGCCGCUGCAUUGGUUGCCCAGUAUCACCAUAUGCAGAUGCAGACUCCUCAAGGUCGUGGUUCACGUCCUGGUCGUGCCCCUAACGUCGAAAGACAUAGGCAAUCAAGAGGGGCUAACAUGAUGGAGGAUUAUUUUGUCGAGCGUCCAGUGUAUAGCAACACAAUUUUUCGUCAGCGCUAUCGAAUGCAAAAACCAGUAUUCAAUCGCAUCAUGGCGGACCUUUGCAAUUUCGACGAUUUUUGGAAGCAAAAACCAGAUGCCACAGGAAAGCUAAGAUUGCUCCCAGAACAAAAAAUGACAGGUGCGUUACGAAUGCUCGCAUAUGGUGCAGGGGCUGAUCAAUGUGAUGAAGUCACCAGGAUGGGAGCAUCAACUGCUUUGAAAUGCCUCAAGAAAUUUUUUGCACAAGUGGAGUAUUUGUACGGGGGUUGGUAUCUUCGAGCUCCUAAUGUCGCAGAUCUGCAAAGGCUUCUACAUAAAGGACAACAACGUGGUUUUCUCGGCAUGAUUGGGAGCAUCGAUUGCAUGCAUUGGAAGUGGAAAAACUGUCCAAAGGGGUGGUCCGGAGCUUUCUCAGGCCGUAAAGGGUACCCUACUGUUAUUCUUGAAGCUAUAGCAUCCUACGACACACAUGUAUGGCAUGCCUUCUUCGGUACCCCAGGAGCUCAAAAUGACCUUAACGUUCUCGGAGCAUCCAACGUGUUUGCAAGGGUUAUUAACGGAAGUGCUCCGGAGGUUGCAUAUAAGGUAAAUGAUAGUACAUACUCUAUACCAUACUACCUUGCUGAUGGAAUAUACCCAAGGUGGCAGACAUUUGUCAAAGCAAUAUCCAAACCCAAAGAUGCCAAUGAGACACACUUUACCAAAAUGCAGGAGUCUUAUCGUAAGGAUGUUGAGCGGUGUUUUGGUAUUCUUCAAGCUCGAUGGGCCAUACUCCGUCACGGUGCUAACUUGUUCAAACUAGAAGACCUUCGUACUAUCAUGGUAAGUUGCAUCAUUCUUCAUAACAUGAUUGUGGAAGAUGAGUUUGUCGAAGAAGAAUUUGAGGAGUCUUGUGAAGAGGAUAACUUGCAUCCAUUGUUGGCUAGCGUUUAUGAACGACCGGUGGAUCGGGAAGGUAAUGUUAUCCGCCAUGAACCUGUUUUGAGGGCUGGAGAAACCCUACCAGCAUUCUUAGAUGCUAACUUCCAAUUACGUUCUGCUUACCUCCAUAAGGCAUUGCAAGAUGAUUUGGUGAUUCAUCUUAGCAAAUGA